GCGGCGGCGGCGGCGGCGGGAUCCGAGGCUCCGGCCCCCGGGGCGCCCUUUCCUCCUCCUCCUCCUCCUCCCACCCGCCCUCCAGGGCCGGCCAGGCGGGAGUGGGGGGGCCCCAUCACCACCCUCACUCCGAAGAGCUGGAGGAGGAGGCCGGCCUGGGAGAGAGCGACCCCGGAGACUCCGCCAUCGAAGACCCGGAGUUGGAAGCAAUUAAAGCUCGAGUGCGAGAGAUGGAGGAGGAAGCAGAGAAGCUAAAAGAGCUGCAGAACGAAGUUGAGAAACAAAUGAAUAUGAGCCCCCCGCCUGGCAACGCUGGCCCAGUCAUCAUGUCUUUAGAAGAAAAGAUGGAAGCAGAUGCCAGGUCCAUAUAUGUAGGCAACGUGGAUUACGGGGCGACAGCAGAGGAGCUGGAGGCUCACUUCCACGGCUGCGGCUCCGUCAACCGGGUGACCAUCCUCUGUGAUAAGUACACCGGCCAUCCCAAGGGGUUUGCCUACAUUGAAUUCUCGGACAAGGAGUCGGUGAGGACGUCCUUAGCGUUAGAUGAGUCGCUGUUCAGGGGAAGGCAGAUUAAGGUGAUUCCCAAACGGACCAACCGCCCUGGGAUCAGCACCACAGACCGGGGUUUCCCCCGGACCCGGUACAGAGGGAGAGGAUCCGGCUACAGCAGUUCUCGGGCCCGUUUCUACAGCGGCUUUAGCAGCAGGCCACCCCGAGGGCGCGCAUACAGGGGCCGGGCCAGAGCGACCUCAUGGUAUUCCCCUUACUAAAAACAAAAAAAGUGGUUGUUUUAGGAAGGAGGAAAAAAAAA